CCAAUCGCGGGGCGUGGCUCCGGGUCACGUGCUCUUUGUUUGGCGCUUUUGUGGCGCGGGCAGGGCGGUUGGGAGCGCAGUCUGUGCCGAGGCGCGGAGGUGAGAGGAAGGCGGACGAGGAGGAGCUCGAGCCGAGCAGGGUUCAGUUGCUGGAGUAGCUGCAGCACAUUCUUCUGAAAUCCGACUUAGCCAUGGCUUCGUCUGACAUACAGGUGAAGGAACUAGAAAAACGUGCUUCUGGGCAGGCAUUUGAGUUGAUACUUGGCCCACCUUCAAAAGAUGCUGUUCCAGAGUUUCCUCUUUCCCCUCCAAAGAAAAAAGAUCUCUCGCUGGAAGAAAUCCAAAGGAAGCUAGAAGCAGCAGAAGAAAGGCGUAAGUCCCAUGAAGCUGAGGUGUUGAAGCAACUAGCUGAGAAGAGAGAGCAUGAGAAGGAGGUGCUGCAGAAAGCAAUUGAAGAAAAUAACAACUUCAGCAAAAUGGCAGAGGAAAAGUUGACUCACAAAAUGGAAGCUAACAAAGAGAACAGAGAAGCACAACUGGCUGCUAAGAUGGAGCGCUUGAGAGAGAAAGAGAAGCAUCUUGAAGAAGUACGGAAGAACAAGGAAGGAGGCAAAGAUUCUGGCGACAACGAAAGCGACUGACUUCAUCCUGAAAGCUGACUUUCUCCCCUUUGUCUAAAUAUCCAAAGACUGUAUUGGCCAGUGUUGUUUCUUUUUUGUUAAGUUUCUAGAAAGCUGAUGUAGAGCUGUAUAGUUAGAUCCGACUGUACACUUGCUUUGGGGAAUUAGAGGGGAGCCCUUUCAUGUUCACUCUUUUUCUAAAAUGUUGUCUUUCCAGUGUAGCUCUCUUGUUGCAUUUCUUCUAUUCCAGUGCAUUUGUUCCUGGAUUGAUGGCUAGUUCUUGUAUUCAGCUCUGACAUAUUUGUGAACGGAAUAUGUAGUGUAAAGUUCAUGCUGAAUCUGUUACACUUCAGAAUCUCUCAGUCUUCAGAUAUUACUGUAUCCAAGUAACUUAAUAAAGCUGCACAGUGCUGUUAUCACAGGUGACUGUUUCUGAGACUAGCAUGGCUGCUAAAUAUGCAACGCCAGUGUAGCUGUGGCUCCUAGAGUAUUGUGAUGCCAUAUUAGAAUGAAAAUGCCUGCAAACAAUAUUCUUGUAUCUGUUGGCUAGUGAUAUUGUUCAGUGGCCAUUGUUGCCUGUUGUCCCCACUCUACAAUAAGAGCUUUGUCUUGCACCUCAGCAGUUGUCAGCUGCUGUUUUGUUCAAACGGUUCAGAGCCACCUCCUUCCUAUAUGCUUGCCUUUCCAACAAAUGACUCCCUUGUUCACAUGUGACCUGAUUUGACUUCAGAAGCAUUUGCCUGUUCAUUUUGAAGUCACAUUUAAAGCAUAGAGUAUCACAACCAGCAAGCCAUGUUCAAGUAUAAUAACAAAUACAGCUUAGAGGGAAGGAUAGACUUUGAGGGUCCAGGGUCUCUUAACUGUCACUAUUGUUACAUACAUGUGGUGCAUUUAACGAGAAUAUUGGCUUCUUGCACCCCCCUAAAAAACCAGUUUUCUGACAAGUUAAUAAACAGGAAAAAAUGUGUUUUGGGAAGGCAUUUAGUUGUGUGGUUACUACAUCUUGAAAUUGAACAUUACAAUAAAGAGGUUAGAAUUUCAGCUGUGGUAAAUAUAGGAAACCUACUUUUGGACUGGAAUUCAUAGCACCUGCUAAAUGCUUUUUUUGUAUCUGCAGUUUAGAGGGUUUGGCAAUUAAACAGCUCCCCCAAGCGGCACAAAUGUUAACAGUUGUCUAAAAUGGUUAUAACUGUACAAGACAAAACUUGGAAUAUCCUGAUUUUAGCAUAUAAACAUCUGACAAACAGCUAUUGCAGUCAAAAUAUUAAUUGAACAUUAAUCUGGAGUAUUUUAUGUAAUAGAUGGUUCUUCCUCCGCUGCAGUACAGCACCAGCUAUUGGUAACCUGUUACCUGUGUUUGUAGGAACCUCCAUUGAUAAUGUGGGACACUAUUACAUGCGAUUUCUAUCCUCUCUUGGAAUGUUUCUUUAAAAAGCGUAUGACCGGUGGCAGGUUCUUCAUGCUGUAUUUUUAAUAGUAUAAAUGUGAAACUGCUUCCUGUGCAUGUGUUUCCAAAUUUGUUUUAUCUACUCGGUCAUCUCAUCGACAUAUAAAAUUUAUAACUACUCAUCUGUGUAACUUAGUAGAUUUAGUCAGCCUUCAAUAAAUAGACUUAACUAAU